UGUUCUCUUCAAGGAUUUUUAUGGUUUCAGGUCUCACAUUUAGGUUGUUAAUCCAUUUGAGUUUAUUUUUGUGUAUGGUGUAAGAAAGUGGUGCAGCUUCGUUCCUCCAUCUUGGGCUGACUUUCCACAGAGACUCUAGAACUCUGUAUGGAGUCCAGAGGCUUUUUAUCUGUUGCCCUGAGUAGCAUUGAGUUUAUUGUAGCUGUUUAGUUUCUGUAUGGAGUCUCUUUUCUUGCAGUAUCAGACAUUGGGUCUUCUUGUUUAGUACGUGGAGAUUUCUCUUUUCCGAGUUGGUUUGCAGUAAAGCACAAGAUGGACCAAAUCACAAGAUUAACAUGUCCAAGGCAUUGCGUACUCUGGGUUUUCAUCUUCUCCCACCACAGGGUAAACGUUGACAGGAGCUUUACAUUUUUCUAGAACCGUGAGGAGCUAUUAAUGUUUCUUGUCUGUAUCAAAAAGCUUUUUUUCAGUGACUGAAAAUUCUGUUAAAACUAAAAGAAUUGGCAACUUCCCAACUAUCCAGGCACAUGUCACUAUCUUCCAUUUUUACCCGGGGAGGAUGACCGCGGUCUCACAUUGUUGGGUAAUUCUGCCACAAAGCAGUGUAAUGUCUACCAUCUUGGUCAGAAAUACAGCUCAUGGCAGAACGAAGCCCCUCCAAGGUAGUCUAAGCUGCCGCAGAACCUUCUGCAGCCCUCAUGUCCAGCUAGGUCACAGCAUACCCUGAUGAACACUGGACAUGGUUGUGUUCAGAACCAAGCUUGCGCCUGGCACCUGGGAUGGAUCAUGAAUGGAGAGGGUCAGUGGGGAUGGAGGACUGGUCCAAGAAAAACACACCCUCAGCCCUGCCCAUGGCUCCUCCUUCUCUUAAAUUUUACUUUCUGUGGCCCUAGAGGCCCCCUCCCCACUCCCAUUUUGUGCACGUGUGGUUUUUUUCUGCCUUGAAAGUCGUUCUCCUCCCCGUGUGCGUGGGAACAGUAUCCAUCCUGUAAUUUCCUCAUCCCUGUGACCACAGUGCCCAGGGCAGAGCCAGGUGCAGAGUGGAUGCUAAGUGCAACAUGCUUGUUUGUGGAAGGAAGGAAGGAGUGAGUGCGUGAAUGACAGAGGGGCAAAGCCACACACAUAAUGCCCUCCCGACUCAGCAGAGGGUUUUAGGAGAGCUUGAAACUCCUUUGAGAAUUCUCAACUGGGAGGUGGUGGUGGCAUUUCUGGCCUGGGCUCCUGAUUUCCUCCUCUCCCCUCCCCUGUCCUCCACUUAAGUAGGUUUUAAAAGAGCAUAGCAUGUGUGAAUUGUCUCGUCAAGUAGUGACACAGGCAGCCACGGCUGCUGCUCUUAGAGGUUUAAUGCCACUUGACAACAUUUUAGAGAUCUGCUCUGUAAAAACGAUGGAACGCAAAGCAGGAGAGCCUGUCCUAUAAGGAAAAUAAUAAUGGCCUCAGAGUUGGUUUGUUUUUCCCUGUGUAAGAUCUUUGUUAUUUGGGAGUGAGUGAGUAGUGCCAUAAGAGACAGCUAACAACUGAACUGGCUUUUCCCUCUAAAGAUCCUGAGACCUGGUGUGUGUCAUACCAAAUAGUUAUGUCUUUUUCUCCCCCAGAGAGUUAGUCCAAGCAUCUAAUCUGUGCUGGGCACAUGGUAGGCGCAUACUGUAUAUUUGUUGAAUGAAUAAAUAUGGUAAAUACUAAAUGUUUCUUAGUCACAGGGAGUUGAAAUAAAAGUGCAAGAAUGUCUCAUGGUUAUUGUGUAUUUACCAUGAGCGACUCUUUUGUCUGCUUUGUGUAGUUUUUCCCCAUGAAAUGCCAUUUCUCCCUGACUGACCUGUGGCUUCCCUCCCUUCUUUCACUUUUACAAAUGGCUGCAGGUUCACACUGAUGACAUUUCUCCACCUCGCAGGUACUUCCGGAAUACUCCAGGCUCUGAUGCCUGCCCUGGAUAAGAGUAACAGCAUUAAUCUUCGUUCACCCCUCUCCUCCCCAACUCCCAAGAAGCCAGUGCUGGUUUUUUUUUUUUGCUUUUCUGUUUUGUUUUUUUGUUUUUUUGUUUUUACCAGAAAGGAGUAGCAUGGUUUUUUAGAGCCACGCUUACACUUUAGAAACUGAGGCUGACAGGCCAAGAGUUAGGGGAGAGUAAGCUGGUAGGGAAGAUGUAGAUGAGUGGAUGUUGUUCAGGUGUAUGUUUUUUCCUCCUUCAUGCUGCUGGCUGCAGUGACUACUAACCAAAGCUCGAGUUUUGGUUUCAUGGCGGAAAAAAUAACCCGAGUUAACGCAAAAGGUUGUGCUUUCUGACUGUGGGAAGUUGAAACUGGAACUAUUUAGAGGAACAUGGUGUGAGCAGUGUAUGUUGAAGCCGGGGGGUGUGGCCUCUGCCCCCACACCCCUUCACUCACCGUCCACCUCUGCAGUGCCCAGCCGCACCUGGGGUGAGGAGGGAGCGCCCCAGGCCUAAGUGCUACCACCUGAACUCCUCAGGCCAGGCCUGCCGGAGCACCCACGGCUGCACAAUGAAAGCUGUUCACCUGAAUGUAUGCAAGGGCUGAAUCAUGACACGGUUCACCUGAAACUAAUAGUACACUGUAUUGUUCACUGGGAUUUAAAUAAAGAAGCUCUUCACCUGGCCUACAGCAGGUCUGCGUGGUUGGUCAGUUUCGUCCUCAGCCAGAAAAGAAAUCCGAGCUCAGCUGGUAGAACAGCAAAAAUGCCUGGAGCAGCAAACAGAGAUGCGAGUUCAGCUUCUCCAGGACCUGCAGGAUUUCUUCCGGAAAAAAGCUGAAAUUGAGACGGAAUAUUCUCGGAACUUAGAGAAGUUAGCUGAAAGGUUCAUGGCAAAGACAAGAAGCACCAAGGAUCAUCAGCAGUACAAGAAAGACCAGAACUUGUUGUCUCCAGUGAACUGCUGGUAUUUGCUUCUGAACCAAGUGAGAAGAGAAAGCAAGGACCAUGCCACUCUGAGUGACAUCUAUCUGAACAACGUGAUUAUGCGAUUCAUGCAGAUAAGUGAGGAUUCCACCAGGAUGUUUAAAAAGAGCAAAGAGAUUGCAUUCCAGCUUCAUGAGGAUUUGAUGAAGGUUCUUAAUGAACUCUAUACGGUGAUGAAAACAUACCAUAUGUAUCAUGCAGAGAGCAUCAGUGCAGAGAGCAAGCUGAAAGAGGCUGAGAAACAAGAAGAAAAGCAAAUUGGAAGAUCCGGUGACCCGGUCUUUCAUAUAAGACUGGAAGAGAGACAUCAGCGGCGAAGCUCUGUAAAGAAAAUUGAGAAAAUGAAAGAAAAAAGACAAGCAAAGUAUUCGGAAAAUAAGCUAAAAUCAAUUAAGGCACGGAAUGAGUAUCUCUUAACCCUUGAAGCAACCAACGCCUCGGUUUUCAAGUAUUAUAUUCAUGAUCUUUCAGAUUUAAUUGAUUGCUGUGAUCUUGGCUACCAUGCAAGUCUGAACAGAGCCCUGAGAACAUACCUCUCUGCAGAGUAUAAUCUUGAAACUUCCAGACAUGAAGGCUUAGACAUUAUUGAGAAUGCAGUUGACAAUUUGGAGCCCCGGAGUGAUAAACAGAGAUUCAUGGAGAUGUACCCUGCAGCAUUCUGUCCACCGAUGAAGUUUGAGUUUCAGUCUCACAUGGGUGAUGAGGUGUGUCAGGUCAGCGCUCAGCAACCAGUCCAGGCAGAGCUCAUGCUCAGGUACCAGCAGCUGCAGUCCCGGCUGGCCACGCUGAAAAUCGAGAAUGAGGAGGUUAAGAAAACAACUGAAGCCACCUUGCAGACCAUACAAGAUAUGGUCACCAUUGAGGACUAUGAUGUUUCUGAAUGCUUCCAGCACAGUCGGUCCACAGAGUCUGUGAAGUCUACUGUCUCUGAGACCUACCUGAGUAAGCCCAGCAUCGCCAAGAGAAGAGCAAACCAGCAGGAGACUGAGCAGUUCUACUUCAUGAAACUCCGGGAGUAUUUGGAAGGUAGUAAUCUCAUCACAAAACUUCAAGCCAAACAUGACUUGUUGCAGAGGACCCUUGGAGAAGGUCAUAAAGCUGAAUAUAUGACUACAAGGCCUCCAAAUGUUCCCCCUAAGCCCCAGAAACACAGGAAGUCCAGACCCCGCUCACAGUAUAAUGCUAAGUUGUUUAAUGGGGAUUUGGAAACAUUCGUCAAGGACUCAGGACAGAUUAUCCCCCUCAUUGUGGAAAGCUGUAUUCGGUUCAUCAAUCUCUAUGGUCUUCAGCAUCAGGGGAUUUUCAGAGUGUCUGGUUCCCAGGUGGAAGUCAAUGAUAUUAAAAAUUCAUUUGAGAGAGGUGAAAACCCUUUGGCUGAUGACCAGAGUAACCAUGAUAUUAACUCCGUUGCUGGCGUUCUGAAGCUGUAUUUCCGUGGGCUGGAAAACCCCCUCUUUCCUAAGGAAAGAUUCAACGAUCUGAUUUCUUGUAUCAGAAUAGAUAAUCUCUAUGAGAGGGCGCUUCACAUCCGCAAACUCCUCCUGACCUUGCCUAGGUCCGUCCUUAUCGUGAUGAGGUACCUCUUUGCCUUCCUCAAUCACCUUUCACAGUACAGCGAUGAGAACAUGAUGGACCCUUAUAACCUGGCCAUUUGUUUUGGCCCAACAUUGAUGCCCGUCCCAGAAAUACAGGAUCAAGUGUCUUGUCAGGCGCAUGUGAAUGAAAUUGUCAAAACCAUCAUCAUCCACCAUGAAACUAUUUUCCCGGAUGCUAAAGAGCUGGAUGGCCCUGUUUAUGAGAAAUGUAUGGCUGGGGAUGACUACUGUGACAGCCCAUACAGUGAGCACGGUACACUGGAGGAAGUGGAUCAGGACGCUGGUACGGAGCCCCACACCAGUGAAGACGAAUGUGAGCCAAUAGAAGCGAUAGCCAAGUUUGACUACGUUGGGCGAUCCGCCAGAGAACUGUCCUUCAAGAAGGGCGCCUCCCUGCUGCUGUAUCACCGCGCGUCUGAGGACUGGUGGGAAGGAAGACACAACGGCAUUGAUGGGCUCGUACCUCAUCAGUACAUAGUGGUGCAGGAUAUGGAUGAUACGUUUUCAGACACUCUGAGCCAGAAAGCUGACAGUGAGGCCAGCAGUGGGCCAGUCACUGAAGACAAGUCUUCAUCCAAGGACAUGAACUCCCCAACAGACCGUCACCCUGACGGCUAUUUAGCCAGACAGAGAAAAAGAGGAGAGCCACCCCCUCCAGUAAGGCGUCCUGGCAGGACCAGUGAUGGCCAUUGUCCCCUCCACCCCCCACAUCCUCUUUCCAACUCCUCCGUUGACCUGGGGUCCCCAAACUUGGGCAGUCACCCCCGGAGCCUGCUGCAGAACCGUGGCCUCAACAAUGACAGUCCUGAGAGGAGACGCCGGCCCGGCCAUGGGAGCUUGACCAAUAUCAGCCGACACGACUCCCUCAAGAAGAUCGACAGUCCUCCUAUUAGAAGGUCCACAUCAUCAGGGCAAUACACAGGCUUCAAUGACCAUAAGCCAUUGGACCCAGAGACGAUCGCUCAGGAUAUUGAAGAGACGAUGAACACUGCUUUGAACGAACUCCGAGAACUGGAGAGACAGAGUACCGCAAAGCACGCCCCCGAUGUGGUGCUGGACACCUUGGAACAAGUGAAGAACGCGCCCACCCCCGCCACGUCCACAGAGUCUCUCAGCCCUUUGCACAACGUUGCCUUCAGGAGCUCCGAGCCUCAGAUCCGACGCAGCACGAGCUCCUCCAGCGACACAAUGAGUACUUUCAAGCCUAUGGUGGCACCCAGGAUGGGUGUGCAGCUAAAGCCCCCAGCCCUUCGGCCAAAACCUGCCGUUCUUCCAAAAACAAACCCUACUGUGGGACCGGCCCCACCUUCCCAAGGUCCAACAGACAAGUCUUGCACGAUGUAAACUCCAGAUGAGCAAGGUCCUGUGGGGCGGUGAUUUAAGAAACAAAACAAAACAAAAAAUGGAUCAUUGACAAAAGUCAGUGAUCCUUAACUUUCCUUAGUUUUGUGCUUAUAACUGGAGAUUUUUGGCUUUUCUAUGUUCUUGAAUGUAAUGUCGGAGACUAGCUAAAUUAACACGGGCAUUUGUAUUUUGUAAUUUUCUUCCUUUUUUCUUAGUAACUGGACAUAUGUCAUUUUAAAGACAACAGAAACACUUAGAUUUACUUGAAAAUCCAAUGCUGCACCAUUUGUCACGAAGGCCACACCACUCUGCUCUCCGCGUCGUUCGGCGCUUCAGGUUUAGUGUAGCCUGGGUGAGUCGGAAAUGUCUGGAUCCAAAGGCACAAGCGUCUGAAGUCCCAGGCCGUGGAGUAUAACCAGUGUUGGUCUGUGGCGCUUGGGGGGAAUGGCUGGAAAGUGGUAACGGCAUUGUUGGGUAGCUGACAGCGAGUACCUCUGAGUCCGUGCGGUGGGACGAGGUCCCACUCGUGCCCAGGCUUGCAGUUGUCACGGUGGGACGUGCCCAGUGGGUCUCUCAGCCCACUGCCUGAAUGAGUUGCAUGGUUGCCUCUUUCAUACGAGUCACUUCCCUGGGUCCGGAUUAAAAGCUCAGAGGAAGGGGUCGGACCCUCUGCAGUUGCUUCUUGAACGGAACCUAGAAAAGGGGAAAGCUAAUCCUCCAGAGCUAUCGAUGUGACUCCUUCCUCAAGCCUGGUCAGGCCCCCAAGACUUCCAGGUCCGUCCCCUGCAUUCACAAGGACUAGAACAGUCUAAUUGUAAAGACUUCCUGGUUACACUCCUCCACAAGUUCCUUCAGAGGUCUGUUACAAACUGCCUAGAAAAUAUUUCCAGCUCCCCUAAACCCCUGUGUUCUCCUGUGGAAAUGGAGAGCGCGGGCAACACACAAGUCCUUGGUUCGCUCAGCCUUCUCUCCCGAUUAAAUGACCUCGGUUCCUUUAAACCCGAUACAGAGGCUUGAUGAUCCUAAGGUGACUCCCCAGCUCUCCUCUCCCAUUGGCCUCUUUGAGCCAACCAAGAACUGGCUGUGGUACUGGAGUAAGAGCCAUGCUGGCCAAGGUGGGGGUGGGGGGGGUCACAUGGUUCCAGGAGGAGUUCCUUCCCAUUUUGCACCCUGGAACCAUGACUUUUUUCUUUCCUUUCCAGGUGGUCUCAACAUAACCCAGAUAGUCAGGUGAGCUCCGUAAGGUACCCUCUUUCUCUGACAUCCUGGCACAGAAACCAUUUUCUCUGUGUUUUCCCACUGUCUUAAAAAGGUUGCUUUGAAUUCAGCUGUUUUUACUAAGGUACAAAUCACCACUCCUGCCCAGCAGCAGCUUAUAUCGUGUGUAAACCUAUGAGCAUGUUUUCUGCUCUGACCUUGAACGUAAUGAUAAAGAGAAUUUUUUUUUUUUUUUUUUUAGAUAAAUGUGUGGCCCAGAACUAAGCCCUCUCGACCACCAUUGAUUUCCUUCUAGCUUUGGUUUCAAACUGGAAGCCAUUUGCCUGCCCACCUAAGAGUUGCACAGUAUGGACUUGAAUCUGUUAGCCCGCUGGUGAAUGCCUCAGGCAGGAAAGAAUGAGGAUCUGUACUAAAAAAUCAAGAUCAUUCCUGGGAUCUCUCCCUCAGUUUGCCAGUCUAAUCGUUGUAAUGCAGAGAGAGAUUAAAUUAAUGACAUAGGGUUACCUUUCAAAGUCACACUUCUGAUUGCCAGCCAGUGGCUUAAUUUCACAAAUGGAUUGAAUCGAGAUUUUUUUUCCAGGUGUCCAGGUAUGGUAAGCUUUUAAAUCUUUGAGGUUUCUGAAGCAUCCGUUUUGUCCAUUGUGAAAACGAUGCCCAGUUCAGCAUCUUCUCUACCCCCCUGCCAUUUCCCUUGAGCUUUAGUGGUCCUUCAUCAACUUUAGACACCAUGGAGACUCAGCCAGGAUUGAGCUCUGAGUAGCACUAACCCUUUUAAACAAUCUUCCCAAAUUCUUAGGAAAUUGAAACCUUGCUGAAUAACCUCCCAGUUCUUUCCAGAGUCCACUUGGGUUUCUAGUUCUCUGCUGCUAGAUGGGGAAACAGAAGCCGAGAAUAAAGGUGGAAGUAAUGGAGGAGGAGACUUUAAAUCUUUUAGAAAUUGAAAUGAAAAGGAUUGUUAAACACGGUUUUUCCAUCGAUGGUGCAAGAGUAAGAUGUAAACAGAGGGUUUCAAAAGGGCAGAGGGGUGUCUUCUACAAGUUUUAACUUAGAUCUUACUCCUACAAGUUCAUGUCUUCAGAUUUCUCCCUGGCAGUCCUGCCCAGACUCUCCCCUCUUCAGUGUUUACACCGCUGAUGAAAUGAGGGUUGCCUUUCCAACCACCAAAUUAGGAUUCUGCUCCCUUAGGUGGCUGCUCUGGGGCCUCAGAGACUGUGCCUUCUUGCAGGAAAUUUCUAAUGCUCCCCCAUCACUGCCUUACCCAUCUCUCUCUCUCUCUUCUCCCUAUACCCCUGUGACACCUUGAGGCCUUCUUUCUUUUUUUUUUUUUUUUCCAGUCUUUUUUAUUUGUUCCAAUUCCCAUAGAAGGACAUGACCUCACAGGGAAUAAGGAUUCACCUAUUCUUUCUUUGUUUUGGUAAAAGUGUUCAGAUUCCAGGGAGAAGACAAGGUGGCCACUUCACAGAGGAUCCAAAAUAACACCCUGAAAGCUCAUUAAAAGCUUCUGGUGCAUUUGCCUGGUGCAUGGCCUUCUCUACAGCCACACAUCUAGUGGGGAGGAGGAAGCAUGCAAAGGGUGGGGAGGAAAGGAAGAAUCCUUGAGAUGUUACGCCCCAGUUUCAAGGAUCAUAUUGUUCUUCGUGCACAGUUUGGCAAGGGGGUCAUUUUGAUGAUGGGCAGACGAUGGUUCUACAAAGAUGAUCAGACUCCACUUAUGCAAGAAUAUAUAUUCACAGCUGAUAUAACUCUGUUCAUGUCCCAUCCAUAGAACUCACUAAGUAGGCUUACAAGUUGAGCUUUUGGUUUGGGUCAGGGGUAUUGGGAAAGGACUGAUUGAUAAGAGAGAGAAAAGGUACUCCAUACACAUUUUCUGAUGUGUGUUCUGUAAAUUAUUUGAACCAGUCCAGUGGCCCUUUGCAGAGCUCUGUAUUCACGUUCAGGGUCAACGCUAUUGGUCAACCGUUUUGCACGUUUUCACACAACAUAAUCUGACUUUGGUGCCCCUUGAGCCAUCCAUAGAAUAAUUUAGAGCAGGCUCCCACUUAAUCUACUGCAGGAAGCAUGAAUAGCUCUCAGCGGAUGUAGAGCGAACGCGUCACAUUGUAUUAACCGAGUUUUCUUUGUACUCUUGCCAUUCCCAAAAUGGGCUUAUAAUUUAAGGAAAAGAUAAGAGUGGGAAGGAUUGUGGUCUCCCCAGCAUUUGGGAAUGACACGAGGUCUACAAAAUGAAGAAACUUUAAUGUGAUAAGUACAGCCUCUAAAAUUCAAAAAGCCCACACUGUAUGUUAAGCAACUGGAAUUUAAAAACUUAAAAAAAAAAAAAAAAGAAGUAAAGAGCCCAUAGGUCUUUUGAGGAUUUAGAAGACUUCAGAUUUGGGAUCGCAUUCAUUCUCGUCCUGACCACAGUAGUGAGACACCGUAAAAGCGGGAAAAGCACUCGGAUGAGCCUUGCUCUGAGUUGCCCAUCGCUGAGGCCACAGUCCCGGAGCAACUUAGAUGCAAAGGCUCAUCCGUGUGUACAAUAGAGCUCCCUACUCCAGACAGUCCCCUGAGCUGAAAACCAAACCUCCAGCUGGGCUGAGGUGUCAGGCUUGGUGCAGGGUGACUUUGGCACCCCUUUAUUCAGAUCAGUAAAACAAACUGGAAAUUGAGAUUUCACUUACCCUAGUAUACUUUCUUUAAAAAAAAUAGUCUAUGUGGUAUAAUCGAGAUGGGUACCUGUAUCUUUAAAUUACAUAGGGACUUUUGUAUGUUUAAAUAAUUGUACCGGGUUCCAUAAUGCUUAUCUUAGAAACUGUUUAGUAAAAGAAAAUAUAUAAACCGUGCAUUUGUGAAUGCCCCCUUUAGAGCAUUCAUCCAAGUUCAGUGUGUAGUGUGAUGGUUAUUAUAGAUGUUUAAAGUAUAGUAAGUGGCUGUGUAACAGGAGAGACUGCUAAAAUUUACCUACGGAAUUAAGGGUAACUCCUGCCCACGUAAUUAAAUCAGUAUUGUCCUUUCCUGUCGGUUUGAUCAAUUGCAGUACUGGUAGCUUCCUGCUUGUGACUGUUACUAAUCGUGUCAAUGUACAUCUGUAGUAUGUACAUGUGAAAGUGCCUUUCUAUUUUAGAGGAGUUUUAGCCUUGCUCUUUACUGUCACCCCAUCUACCCCUCCACUCUUGCGUCUGGCCCCCCUGCCCCAAUUCCUACCGCCCCGUCGUCGAGCGCCCCGUCCACCCUUCCACUCCUGCUCCCGGCCCCCCUGCCCCAAUUCCUACUACCUAUCUGAGCGGAAACUUCCUCCACGCUCUCCCUGCUUCUCUGUGUCCCGUCCUGUGCCUCGGUGCUCAGUAUCGUCCGUCUUGCAUCUUUGUCCGUCAUCAGACUGUCUCGUUUUGCUGGUAGCCGUGACUGUGCCUUUCCCGUCCGCAGUGUCCCUGUGUCCUCCCUCCCGCUGUCUCUCUAGCUGCUGCAGCCCACAUGUCACCUGUGAUCUGUGCUGCCUCCGUUACAGUUCCUCGGCUCUGAGGCAGAAAUUUGGGGGGAUGCUUUUACAGUUCUGGAAGAAAAGAAAUGUUUUGUUAAUCUGUUGUGACAAUGCACUUUUAUGUAUAGUACUGUACAUUUUGGCAUGUACCAUUCCAGGCUUCAAUAUACAGUCAGGUCUGUUCUUCAUGGUGUAUCUUUAUAAUAAAUAAGAUAGUUCUGGC